GGAGCUUUGGCUAGGGUACAAGCAUUUCUAGGUUUCUUCGCGGCUAUGGCGGACAGGGGAGGAGCAGGCAAUAGCGUCGCAAGCACGUUUUAUUCCGGCAGCGCCGGCGAUGAGCCAGGCGAUCGUGUGGAUUUCUCUCAUCUCCGCGGCCGGGGCAGCUAGAAAAUAGGGGCGCAUUCGAGAGUUUCGGGAUUUCUGGGGCGAUCAGUCAUGUAGCGGGCGGUGAUUCUCUGACUGGGAGCGUGGAAGUCAGCCAUGACGUGGAAUCCGCCACAAGUUCGUCCUCCAAACUUGUCCGCCUUGGUUGCCACUACGCAGUCCGAGGAUGAACUGGGCCUGGACGUUUCUUCUCCCAGCGGCGAUUUGCUACUCCAUUUUCUCAAGAGCGGUGGGGGCGACGAGCAGCUGAGAAGCAGUAGCAGCGAUUCCUGGCAGCUACAGGAUCCAGCAGUCGCAGCUCACGGUCCCAGCCACAGCUUCGCUCCUCCUGGAGGAUCUGGAGGAGGGGGAGGAGGAGAAGUUCCUCCUCCACGACCACUCUACGUCCCGGCAAUAAGAUUUGGUGGGUGGUCACCUCACUUCCAGCAGCACCAAGACCCACUUUUUCCUUCGGAUCCGUUCUUGACUCCGUCGGACCACGGAUUUCUUCGCUCGUUUGCUCCGCUUCCAGUCGAGAGACCGUUCCACCCGCCAGUGCCGUAUCCUUUUCCAAAUGCUCCGACUUUCCAGGCUGCCGAGAAUAUGGUUCAUCCGCCACAUUCGUCUGGGGAGCUUAAAGUUCGUCCUGGUCCUGGCCUUCACUUUGGUUCCCCGGUUUUUGGACCGAGUGCUGCAGAGAGCUCGGACUCUAAACGCGCCGUGGAGCAGCCAAGAAGAUCGGUUACACCUGUGAAGGAUGACAAGCAGCAGUUCUACGGCAACGGUUCCGAGCUUCUUCAGUUGUUACAAGGUGGUCCUGGUCGUGUGAAGCCCACAUCCUCGACAAAGCUGGAUGCUACAUCGGACAGUGGGGACUCUGGAGAGCCAUCGAAGAAAGGAAGUCCAUCUACACUUCACGGCCCCAUAGGACCCCCGAGGCGUCAAAUCAUUUCUCCACCGGAGAGUCCAAAUGACAUCCUUGGACGUAUGUGGGCUGCUCCUCCCUCGUCGAGGCACGCAUUGUUUGACGGAGAAGGCGAACUCAAACCGUCAGCUAGCCACCGGAGUUUGAGUGCUGAAGUGAACGAGACGUCUGGAGAAGUUGAUGGAGGUGGAGCGGCUGGUUUCUCACUUUUGAAGCGAAGAGGAUCGGAGCCUGCCUCCUCGAGACAGCCUUUGAACGGCUACGACUAUGUCGACUCUAAGGCGAAUGAAAAGCCGAGGACGAACUCAGCAUCCGGAAGACUACAGGAGUAUCGUGGGAGAUACGCGAAUGGAGAGGCAGAAUUUGAGCCAGGAAGCGAUGACUUUCGAGGUGCGGGAAGGCGCCGAGGUACCGGCCGCACUGACGCCAGACGCGGUGGUCGGGGUUCUGCUGGCCAGUGGAUUGCGGUAAAUGAGAGGCAGAGAGAUGCUGAGCCAAGUGACAUCACCUCCUGUGAUGUCUCUGAUGCAAGGGACGAGUCGUUUAAAUCUUCAAACGGGACUCACUCGAAGGCGAGGAGAAAACAUCAACAGGAAUGGAGAAUAAAACAGGCCGACUCGAAGGCAGCAUUUCCAGCGGAGAAGAAGCCAGACUACAAGUUUCCAAAGGCACGCUCGUUGGCUUCCCAACUUGAACAUCCAGGUUUACCAUCGGGAAGUACGCAAAACUCUUCAGUUGGGGCAGCUUUUGAGGAGUCUAAGCAGAGGCUCCAUAAUCUAGAUGCUUUGGAAGAAGAAGACGUGACGGCUUCAUUAGAUCUCGAGGAGCUACAAAUUGACGGUCACCGUCGAGAGGGUAAAGCUCCGCAGUUCUUUAAGCCAAAGGAGAACCGUUUCAGGGAGUCCAGGCGUGUCAUUCCCAUGCACAGACGUGAUCUUCUUUACCGACUGGAUUUGCAGAAUUUCACGCGUGAGCUUCUCUCCCUCUACGACGAACUUAUACCGACCGAGGAAGAAGAGGUCCGGAGAAGGAAGUUCUUCUCAAAGCUUGAGUCCCUGUUCGAGAGGGAGCUCCCGGGAACACGCCUCUUUCUUUUCGGAUCGUGUGUCAAUGCGUUUGGAGUUUGUAACAGUGACAUCGAUGUUUGCCUCUCCGUUGAUGAAGAAGAACCGAACAAGAUCGAACUUGUGGUUCAAAUGGCAACUAUCCUCGAGUCAGAUGCCAUGUUAAACGUACAGGCGCUGACGCAUGCUAGAGUUCCGAUAGUGAAGUUUACGGAGCCUGCAACUGGCAUCUCUUGUGACAUCUGUGUGAACAACACGCUGGCGGUCGUGAACUCGAAGUUACUGCACGACUAUGCUCAAAUCGACGUGCGCCUGAGACAGCUAGCUUUCAUGGUGAAGCACUGGGCUAAGAGACGACAAGUAAACGAUACUUAUCGCGGAACUCUCUCGAGUUAUGCCUAUGUGUUGAUGUGUAUACAUUUUCUUCAGCAAAGGAGACCGCCGAUACUCCCGUGUCUUCAGGAAAUGCGACCCACGUAUGAAGUGAAAGUGGGAAGCAUCAGAUGCGCGUAUUACGAUCAAGUCGAGACGCUGCGUGACUUUGGAGCCGACAACAAGGAAACUUUGGGAGAACUACUGACUGCAUUUUUUGAUUAUUGGGCUUGCCAACACGACUACAACCACUCGGUUAUAUCCGUCCGAACUGGAGGAUAUCUCAGCAAGAACGAGAAAGAGUGGACACGACGCAUUGGCAACGAACGCCACCUCAUCUGCAUAGAGGACCCGUUCGAAGUGACGCACGAUCUGGGCCGGGUUGUGGACAAGCACAGCAUCAAGGCACUCCGUGCGGAAUUCUCUCGAGCAGCAAACGUGGUCGCCUUCGAUUUCAAUCCCUGGGCCACGCUGUUCGAGCCUUACAUCCCAUCAGAGAACACCCGGUGAUAUGACCGGAUGGACCAGACUGGUUUGGAAGAAGCGAAAGCAACGCUCGGUCUGGACGAUCGAUGCAUUCCAUCAACGCAAAGUUACUUAUGGAGGAAGGAACUUGAUGACAAUGAAGAAGAAGCCUGUGGAGUGGCGAGAGAGAGAGACGCUCGCUGUGGCUUUUGUAUAUAACGCAUAAGUGGCUCCGGAAUGGAGGAGGCCUGGCCUGUGAUCCUCUUUUCUUUUUCCCUUGGAAGAGAUCAAAAAGUUUGGGGUCA